AUGACAAUGCUCAUCAAGUGGAUCUCGGUUUUGUUCUUCUUCUUCCUGAUACCACUUCAAUCAACGCAAAAAUUAACAGAUUCGGAAAACAAAUUGAGAAAAGAAACAUGUGGUAAAGGUCUGAAAUGUAUGUUAUUUGAGAACAGUGAUAGGAGGAGAAUAACGGAUGCCCCAUGGAACGUUGCAAUUGAAGUGAUGAAUGAAAAAGAAUCUGGAUUAUGUACUGGAACAUUGAUUUCUUCUCGUCAUGUCAUCACUGCACGACAUUGUUUUGCACUCUUGAAAGAUGAUGGAUAUUUGCAGAAAUUCGAAAACUGGGAUUUUGAAAGUCCAAAAUUCAUCGUGAAUUCCAAUUUCUGUAUCUGA